ACGUGCGCAGCUUGUCCUGACAUUACCGCCCUGUGUUGUCAACAACAUUGCUAGCCACAGCGAAGCGAACGUCAAAUUAUGUCAAACGAGCCAGCGUUAUUGCCUCAAAAUGAGAUACACGCCUUUCGCAUUUUAGUGAGAUGCCAUUUAGCCAGCUAGCUGAAGGAAAACGCCUCUUCUGUGUCACCGGUUUCCCAUCGGCGUGGGUGAGUGGCUUGGAAACGGCAGAAAAGUGAACGUUGGAAUCAUCUUAGCAUGCUAGCAGAAGGUUCCAUCGUAAUGGUGACAUGUCAACCACAGUUCUAAGCCGUCAGAGUGAAGAGGAAAUGACCCACCUCGCUGUCCGUCACUGGACGCCCAAACACGUGGCUAAGUGGCUAAAAGAUGAGGGGUUUUGUGACUAUGUGGACUUGCUCUGCUACAAACAUCGGCUGGAUGGCACCAGUCUGCUCGCCCUCAGCGAGUAUGACCUCCGUUCACCUCCUCUGGAGCUCAAGGUGUUGGGGGACAUCAAACGGCUGAUGGUCUCAAUUCGUAAGCUUCAAAAACAGAAUGUUGAUGUCUUGGAAGAGCUGGGGCUCCCUUUUGAUGGUCACUCUCCGACUGGUGCUGGCGGCACGCUUGACUGGCUGUGCAAAGGAGAGCCUGAGAGAGACUUUGACAGCAGCGACACGGCGCCAGUGGGAGAGGAGUAUCAUCAGUACACUAAUGGGAAAUACAAGCAGCAGACGAGGCGCCUGGACCCAGAGUACUGGAAAACUGUUCUCAGCUCCAUCUAUGUAGUGUUUGUCUUUGGCUUCACGUCAUUUGUCAUGGUUAUAGUACAUGAGAGGGUGCCGGACAUGCGGACUUACCCUCCUCUGCCUGAUAUUUUCCUUGACAGUGUUCCCAGGAUUCCAUGGGCCUUUGCGAUGGCAGAAGCAUGCGGCGUGAUCCUCUGUAAUAUCUGGCUAUUGGUUCUGCUACUACAUAAACACAGGUCCAUCCUGUUGCGGCGACUGUGCAGCCUCAUGGGGACAGUGUUCAUGCUGCGCUGCGUAACCAUGUUUGUCACCUCUUUAUCUGUCCCUGGGCAGCACCUGCAGUGCUCUGGCAAGAUCUAUGGGGACAUGUGGGCCAAAUUACAUCGAGCUGUGGCCAUCUGGAGCGGCUUUGGGAUGUCGCUGACAGGAGUGCACACCUGUGGUGACUACAUGUUCAGCGGUCACACCGUUGUCCUCACCAUGCUCAACUUCUUUGUCACUGAGUACACUCCAAGAAGUUGGAACUUCAUCCACACCAUGUCUUGGGUCCUCAACCUCUUUGGCAUCUUCUUUAUUCUGGCUGCACACGAACACUACUCGAUCGACGUGUUCAUCGCCUUCUACAUCACGACCAGACUCUUCCUCUACUACCACACCCUGGCCAACACCCGGGCCUACCAGCAGAGCCGCCGGGCUCGCAUCUGGUUCCCCAUGUUCUCCUUCUUCGAGUGUAAUGUCAAGGGGCCUGUCCCCAACGAGUACUGCUGGCCCUUCUCCAAGCCGGCUGUAAUGAGGCGUCUUAUUGGAUGACGGACAGCAGUAAUACUGCCUGGCAUUUUUAGCUUCUCCUGUUUCCAACUGAAUUGUCAAGUUGCCAACUAAGUUUGAGGUGUGUGAGUCUGAUUCUUACUGUCAUCCUUCCUCAUUACAUUUGUAAAGGUUUCCUCUUAAAGUGGCAUUACUGAGGACCACUUGUAAAGCAAUACCUACUACAUAAACCCAGUGACAACGUGUCAGUAAAUAGAAUGCUGAGAUGGAUUACUGUAUGGCCUCAACGCAGAAGAUGAAGACCGAGUCCAGACAGAAUAUAGAACGUGCUGAGGUGGUCCAGUUUAACUACCAAACUCUUUUCUGAGAUAUUGGAGACACAGCCUGCCCUUUUCCUGCUGUUCUUCUUUCAACAAAAAGCUGAGAUUUGUGGUGAAAGUUUCAAAAUAUAUUUACCUUUGUCUUAACUUUAUUUAAAUUGCCAAUUACCUCAAGUGUUAAGUACGGAAAUGUCCAGUUAUUUUUGUGUUUACUGAUCGUUGUGUAUUUUCUUUUCUAUAUCAAAUAUUGUAAAUUGCCAUUUAAUAAGAAUAUUUGACUUCAGGAAAAAAAAAGUAGACAUUGUUCGUAUUGAUUUAUUUCGUUUUGUAUGUCUGGUUGGAUAUUUUUCUAUUCAUGCACAGUUAAAGCAACAUGCACAUUGAGAAACCAUGUUUACAGUUGCUCACAGUAUCUGUUUGCUUGUUUUUUUAUUUCUUCUGAUGGGCCUCCUCAUUUCAAGUUGCCAUUGGAGUUACUGGUGGUGUUCAUUUUGGCCAUGGCCGGUAGCGUGUUUCAUUUGGAGAGAUCCAGGGUGAAUUACACCAUCUGAUGCCACAGGGCAUUUGUACUGCUGUGAUCCUGUGAAGCCAUGACUUGAUUCUCAAUUUCAUUAAUAAAGAGC